CGUACGGGUUUACGGGGCAUGAACAAAGUUUCAGAAAAUGCUGGACGUUAAAAGAGACGGUCUGACUUUGGCGCUGCUUUGAAGAGUCUUUUUGUCGGCUUCAGUUACUCCAGUCUUCAGAGGAGAAGGCGUUUUGGACACUGAGCUUUGUGGGGAUUAUGUGGACGUCUGCGCCCCAUUACCAAACUUUCAUCUUUUUUGGAAUUUGAAUGCCUUCGAACUACGCAUUGGAAACUAUGGCUAACGAGGAAGGAAACAGUUGCUCCACCAGCGUGUUGUCGUGGGAGCAGGUGAGCCGACUGAAUGAAGUCCUGACAGAGGUGGUGCCUGUUAAUGGACGGGGGAACUUCCCUACCCUGGAAGUGUGCCUAAAGGAUAUUGUGGCACGGGUACGUUCUCACCUGGAGCUCAGCUGCAUCAGAGUAAAGGACAUGCGUCUCAAUGGCUCAACAGCCAGCCACGUCCUGGUGCAGGAUGAUAGCUGGAGCUACAAGGAUCUUGAUGUUGUCAUCAGGGUGGACCUACCAAAUGAGGAAGAGUUCCAGCUGGUAAAAGACACAGUGUUGCGCACACUGCUCAGCUUCCUGCCCGAGGGUGUGAACAAAGACAAAAUCACACCCAUGACUUUGAAAGAGGCUUACGUACAGAAGCUGGUCAAGGUCAACACAGAACAGGACCGCUGGAGCCUCAUCUCACUCUUCAAUAACAACGGCCGUAACGUGGAGCUGAAGUUCGUGGACUCAAUACGCCGACAGUUCGAGUUCAGUGUGGACUCCUUUCAGAUCGAGCUGGGCACGAUGCUUGCUUACUAUGAACUUUCAACGACACCCAUGUCACUGUCCUUCCACCCCACUGUGGUGGGCGAGAGCAUGUACGGGGAUUUUAACACGGCCCUGUGUCACCUGCAGAAUAAGCUGAUAGCCACCAAGCGGCCCGAGGAGAUCCGAGGUGGCGGACUGCUAAAAUACUGCAAUCUGCUUGUGCGGGACUUUCGGCCUUCUAAUGAGGAAGAAUUCAAAGGCCUGGAGCGCUACAUGUGCUCCAGAUUUUUCAUUGACUUUCCUGACAUCAGUGCACAGCAGCGCAAAGUGGAGGCCUACCUCCAGAGCCACUUUGUAGGUGAGGAAAAGAGCAAGUACGACUACCUCACCAUCCUACGGCAAGUGAUCAACGACAGCACGGUGUGCCUGAUGGGCCACGAGCGGCGGCAGACCCUCCACCUCAUCUCAGAUAUGGCCUUUCGAGUGCUGGCUGAGCAGAGCGCCAUCCCCGACGCCUCCUGCGUUACUUGCUACUACCAGCCUGCACCACACGUCCAAGACCAGAAUUUCAGCAACUACUAUGUGGCGAACCAGAACAUUCCAACAUGGCUGCCGUGUAAAUGAAAAUGGGGGAAAUUAAUGGACACUCAAGUGGAUUUGCUGCUGCUGCUGCUGGCGAUGGAGAAAACGGGGUGGCGAGGGGGAAUCUUACAAAAGAACUAUAAUGUUGAAAUGCAAUGUACCUCUGAAGGCACACAGUGGAUAAGGACUUUGCUUUUUUUUUUUUAUCCCAUCAUUCCUUAUAUGCAAAAGUGUUGAGGUCAUUGCGUAAAGUGAUAUUUUAUGUUUAGAGCCCCCCAUUUCUCUAUCCUUAGAGUUAAUUUAUGUGCCUUCACUCCAGUGCCCCCCCCCCCCAAAAAAAAAAUAAAGUAUGGUUGGUCUGUUGAAGAAAGGAAAGUGGAAAAUGGGCUUAAAUUUAGUUAUUUAGAAACUGGAGGGGAAAUACAAUUGGUGAUGAGGAAACAUUAAUAGCGUUAUUGCUUAAAUGAUAAAAAUACACCAAAAAAAGUUUAAAAAAGGGAUGAAGAAAAAAAAAACUGCCAAGCACUGGUGUUUGAGGAGCAUUUGCUGGCAAUGAAAUAAUUUGGGGAGGGGCAUCUCAGGAGAUCUUUGGCAUUAGGAAACAUCAAAAUGAGGUAAAGUACUUUUAAGUCUAUAUAUAUAUAUAUAUAUAUAUAUAUAUAUAUAUAUAUAGACUAGGAUGAGCUUUUCUCUGAGUGGAAAUGUUUGCCCCUUGUGUGCCUCAGAUUGUCAGGUUCUCUUUUUUUUGGUUUCUUUUCUUAAAGCCAAGGCUUCAACAGGGACGUCUGAUCAGGUUAUGGCGGCUUCCCGGCCUUGUUACGUGGGGUGGAAUCUGGCAGGGAAUCCUGCAGUGACGGGCUGUACUGCGUGUCCCUUCCCUUAAAAGGUGCAGCACAUGUUGGCUUCACAGGGUCGUCCCUCCCAGCCAUCGCAGGCCAGAGAGCCUCCCUGAAAUAAGAUCCUGUUCUGAUGCAGCAGCCUGUCUAUAUUUAUCUUUUUCUUUUUGCCCUGAAGAGACUCUGUGCAGAGAACCUCAGGUUGGUUUGCACCUUAUCGCGCCUUCUCCUUCCCGUCAGCCUGCUGGGAGCGUGCACUGUUUGAGUUCUGUUUUGUGAUCUUGGGAGCAGAGAUGUUGCAGAGUGUUGGAACGCGCAUGGACACAUCAUGUCAUGACUGUUGUUCUGGGGUCACUUAAGAAAAGUAAAUGGAAAAAAAAAAGGUGGCAAACUCCUCCACUACACCUGUGAAUUUCUAUUUCCAGUCCAGCCUGUCAUUAGCCAUUAAUACUUGCACUGUGGUGUUACUACCAGGAGGAACACGCAGUGACUUUUAAAACUGGUCACCUGUCUGUGCCAAACAUGGCAUCCUGGACUGAAGAUAGGAAGGGGGGGGGAUAGUUAUGAUGUAACUUGGUCUGUUCUCGCACGCUGCGCCAGCUGCUGCGGCUCGUGUUUAUCAGAGAUAACUGUUAAUGUCCCCUGCCGGACUCUUAUCUGUCUGGUUCACAGCUCCCAGCUGGUUCGAGGAAGGUCAACGUGAGCUGCUAUAGAAGCCUUUCAGCAACAGCCAAGGCGGCUCAUAUCGACAGUCGCUGACCUAAAGUGCAGCAACUUCAAGUGCCUUUUAACUUUUUAAAGGGUUUUUUUUUGUGUGUGUGUGUGUGUGUGUGUGUGUGUGUGUGUGUGUAGGCUGUGCAUCCAGUCACUCUGAAACCACAUCAUGUUUAGUAACAAGGGCUGGAUUUCUCCAAAUAUUAAUGAUCUUUGAGUCUACAAUCAACUUAUUUCCAUCAUAAAUCUGUAGCUUGUCGAAUUGCUAAAUCGUCGUCGUUGCUGACUGAUCAGGUGAGUGCGGACGAAGCUGCAGCUUGAUGCUUGCAGCUAAUUCUUGUAAUGAGGAAAAGCGGCGUUUUCAUUGGCAGAUGCAUUCUGGGAGGUGGUGCCUCCUCCUUAACCCCGUGUGUGUGUGGUCAAGGUGGUUUUUUGAGAAAAAUGUGAACAACUGUAGCUCAGAUUAUGAUUUCCUUUUUUUGUGUGUGUGAAGUUUGAGGUGGAGAGGAGCGUGAAGUGUAAUUGCAUUUUUAUUUUCUCGCCUCCAUUUGUUUUUCUGCUGUGAUUCCAUGUGAUACAGUAUUAUGCUUCUCUUGCUCUCACUGUGCUUUGUGGCCCCGCCCGGUUUCGUUGGAGUGUUUAUUAGUGCAGCAUGUUUCCUAUGUGAUGCCUGUUGACGUGUUCUGGGGAGUACAGGGGAAGUCGGGGAUUGCGUGUUUUCAUUACUAGUCUUAUGACGUGGGAGUGAGAUGGAGGCACUCGUGAAGCUCUCCCAUUUCUCAGCGAGGAACUGUGGAAUUUUUGCAGCAGAAAUGUUUACGUAAAUGCGUGUGGGUUUGUGCGCUCAUUCGCAUGUGUGUAUGACGAUGCUUGUGGAUAUAAGUUCAGCAGGUGAGGGGGGUGAAAAUAGUGAAAUUUAUAAGUUGAUGCAAAAAGAGCUUAUUUUGUCAGUUUUGUGAUUGAUAGAUAUAUAUAAUGGUUGCAACCAUCACGCUUUCAUUUUCAGCACUUUACCUCACUUAUGUUUUCUUUUGAAUGAAAAUGUGCAAAUUCAUCAGGAAAAUGCAAUUGAAGAAUCAAUAAAUAAAGUGUUAAAUAUCCA